AUGAUUGAACGAUUUGAAAGCUUCAAAAAAAUUUAUAUUUUGUUCAUCUUAACAAUUUGUUAUAUUGUCGGCGAGUUGGGACAUUAUUUAAUUGGCGUAACUUCCAGGGCAACUGCAAGAGAUAUUGAUUAUGGUGAUCAUGCUUGUCAACUGAAUAACACGAAAUUUGAAAAGAAUUCAUUGCCAAUACAAUGCGACGACAUCAGCGAACCAGAAUCAUGUUCGGGACUUAAUAUCAGUGGAGUUCAAUAUUGUGAAUGGGAUUACAAUGGAUUGGGUCUUGAGUAUCAAUUGCUUGCUGGGCCUGUUUUUAUUCUCGUAUUCACAAUUGUGGGAGUUAUCUUGGGAAUAGCUGCUGACAAAUAUAACCGAUCAAAGAUGCUUUUCGUUUGUACUCUCGUAUUUGGCGUUGCAAUUGUUCUACAAGGUUCAGUUCAAAAUUACUGGCAAUUAAUUUUUCUUCGUAUGAUCAUGGCAGCUGGCGAAUCAGGUUGUAAUCCUUUAGCAACUGGAAUCAUGAGUGAUAUCUUCCCUGAAAAUAAAAGAGCUCUUGUCAUGGCUAUUUUCAAUUGGGGAGUUUAUGGGGGUUAUGGAAUUGCCUUUCCUGUCGGCCGAUACCUUACAAAGCUUAAUCUUUGGAACUUGAGUUGGAGAGUCUGUUAUUAUGCCACAGGCGUUUUAGCUUUAAUCAUUGCUGUCUUAAUGGGCUUGACAUUGAAGGAACCUGAAAGAAAAACAACUAACACAGCAACCACGCAUAAGCAUUCUGAGAAAACUUCACUGUGGAAAGUGUUAAUGGAGCCGGGAGUUAUUAUGUUAACGAUUGCUGCAUCUAUCAGACAUUGCGGUGGAAUGACAUUUGCUUACAAUGCUGAUCUUUAUUAUAACAGUUAUUUCCCAAAUGUUGAUCUCGGAUGGUGGUUGUUUGCUGUGACAAUUGGUAUUGGAUCAAUAGGCGUUGUUGUGGGUGGAAUUGUAUCAGAUAAAAUUGUGAAAAAAAUGGGAGUUCGAUCGAGAGUUCUUGUUCUUGCGCUGUCACAAUUAAUUGCCUCACCUGGUGCUUUUGGAUCAGUUUACUUCGAUCCAUUCUGGGCUAUGAUAACUCUAGCAACAUCUUACUUUUUCGCUGAAAUGUGGUUUGGAAUUGUAUUUGCUGUUAUUGUUGAAAUUGUGCCAUUAGAGUUUAGAAGUUCUGUCGUUGGAAUUUUCAUGUUCGUUAUCAACAAUGUGGGUGGAAAUCUUCCAAUCUUGGUUGAUCCAUUGGCUAAGAUGAUUGGAUACAGAGAAUCAAUCGCAAUAUUUUACGCUGGUUUUUACCUUAUAAGUUCAGUUCUUUUCUUCAUCACAAUGUACUUCCUUGAAGGAAAACCAAAGGCUGUCGUACCUGCCACAACACAAACUGAAGACAAUAUUAAUCGUGUACAAAAUGGAGUCGAUAAUCGAAGUUACAUUCCAGAUACAGUAACAAUGCAACAGCUAAGUGGGAGAACGACUGACAAAAAUUAUUAUUAAAUUAAAUUAAAACAAUUCCUUGUUCAUUGAACGUGAUGUAAGAUUUUUCUUUCAUAAUUUUAAAUUCUUUUUAUUAUACCUUUUUUGAGAAUCAACUGAGACAGAAAUGUGAUGAUUAUUACAACAUGGUAUCAUAUCAAUUUUAUAUCAAAAUAGAAUUUUAAAUGCUACAACUAACUUUAAUUAAUAAAUAUUUUUAUAAUUCGAUCAAAAUGAGAAAUGCACAAAACAAAGCUUUUAAGCUUAAAAAUAAGAAUGAAGCUUCAGGUGUUUAUUUAUUUAGAUAAUUGCAGUCUAUGAAGGAUGUCGCCGGUGUCAAAAUAAAUGAACGGCAACAAUGUAAAUAAUACUUAAAAAUUGAGUUUAUUGUUUUCAGGGUGAGACAAAUUUCAUAUCAGAGAAUAUUAAGCAAUUAAAAUACAAAACGCAAGUUAAUUACAAAACGAGAAUUUAAAUUAUUUAAUUAAAUAUUUCACCCACGCAGGAAAAAAAAUCUUAGAACAAAAAAAAAGUUAUAACCCGUGUUCGAAUAGUUUAGUUUUCGAUGUGUUUAUAUUAAAAAUAUUAAAGCCAAUAUUAGAGAAACGUUUGAUGAAAAUUUCUUAAAUUAUUUGACAGGAUAUAAAUCUAAAGCAAUGACGGUUGUUUUUAUAAAUAUUUACUGUAUUAAUGUUGAGUAUUAAAGAGAAGGAGGGAGAGUGAGAUUAAGAGAUAGAAAGAGAUUUAUGUUGUGAUGUAAGCAGAUCAAUUGAAGAUGAUAAGAAUGAGAUUAAUAAAUUAGCUUCAAUGAAAAUGAGAGGAAUUCAUAGAUCACG